AUAUUGCCUUACAACCUUUACUAUUUAGAAGUCAUUAUAAAGAUGCUUCUUGAGUGAUCUGUAAUAGGGCACUAACAGUGUUUUUUCUAUUUAGACAUGAACUCCCUCAGUAGGGAAUGCUGUAGAUCUUCUACAACCGAUUGCUUUAUCUUGACCGGCUAAUGCUACCUUCAGUAUUCUUCUGCUGUAACUCAUUAAGGCACCAUGUACAACCUUGCAUUAUUAGUUGUCACACCGACUAUCGUCCUUCUGUUCCACUUGGAAUCCACCAGGAAAUACAAAUCUGCCCUUUGAGGAUGUUAGAUGCUUGGAAACUACACGGAAACACACCGUACGCACAGGCUGACUUUUAUCCGCCGAGCUCUGCUUACCUGGGCCGCCGUGCGGGCUCUCCCCCAGCGGUCCAUUCCCGCACGGCUCCCCCUCCACCCCGCGGCGACCUCCGCCUCCCCGGCCGAGCCGCCGCGGCCACGGCCGGCUCUGGGUCCCCGCUCCCGGCAGCAGGUGGCAACAGCGGCCCGCGCUGCCGGGAGCUCCGCGCGCCCUUCCCGGGACACGCCGUCCCGGCUCUCGGCAGAGCGGAGCCGCUGCCCCGCCGCCCGCGCUGCGCCGGGCAGGGCGCUCGACGCUGCGCCUUCGCCCCGGUGUCCCGCUGUGCCUCCCGGUGUGCUCCUCACCCAGUGAAUAGCCUCCUUUACAGAAUAGCUCCGCGUGUAAGGAAGAGAAAGCAUGAUGAGAAGAUUAGUUGCCGAUAGUUUUGCCGCUGACUUUGGUGAGUCUAGAAUUUCAUGGAAAUACUUUAAAUGAUGGAGAAGCCAAUAUAUCCCAUGAAACAUUGUUCAAAAGGUAAAUUUCCCUCACUUUCAGCACUUAAAAUGCUGUUUCCAUAGUCAGUUUGUCAGAUUAAUUUACAAGUACCCCUCAUUCUUCCCUGCUUUUUGCCUGUGAAAUUACAAAACCAUCUACUUUCAGAUAUCUUCUCAUGCAGAUGUGUAAUCAGGUUGCUUCUUAACUUUCUUCUGUAAAAGUUAAAUAGAUCAAGCAAUUCAACAGAAAAACAAGUUCUUGAGGUUAUUCUGCUGCCUCCUUUGUUGGUCUUUUUGAUAUUACACCAAUUGUAGCUCUAGUCCAAAGACUGUUUUAACUUCUAGUCACUCUUUGAGAGACAAGGAGUGUUACAUUAACCAUUGAUCAUAAUUGCAACAAGUACAAUCAAAAUAGGUCUUAGGACAAGCUUGAGUCUGCUCAGGAAAGGGCAGGUCUCCCAUUUGCAUUGCCACAUGGGUUUCCCUGAGGAUUAAUCACUAUUUUUAGUAUCUUUCUUUUCAGUGUUGAUAAAGAUACAGU